AUGAAUACCGUGGGUAUCUACCAUGCGUACAUUGCCGAACACCAGCUUGCUGGCUACAGCGAGAGUUCAAUCAGUUGGAUCUUCUCCAUGUAUGUGUUCUUGUCGUUCUUCUGCGGCUUGCAGAUCGGACCUGUCUUCGAUGCACACGGCCCGAAGUGGCUUGUCCUUGCUGGCAGUGUCCUGUUGUGCGCUUCAAACUUUUUGCUCGGCAGCUGCACAAAGUAUUGGCACUUCUUCCUCGUCUUCGGAGUGCUGGGAGGACUGGGUACGUCGCUCAUCUUCACCCCUGCGUUGGCUUCUAUCAGCCACUUCUUCCUUGAGAAGCGUGGGAAUGCCACGGGCAUUGCUGCGGCAGGCGGCUCCUUUGGUGGUGUGAUCUUCCCUCUUGCUUUGCAGCAAUUGUUUCCAUCCGUUGGGUUUGCCUGGGCUUCGCGCGUCAUCGGAUUCAUCGAUGUCUUCUGCUGCAUCGUCAUGUGCCUAUGCAUCAAAUCGCGGCUCCCACCCAAGGCCGGCCAGUCGGUUCUACCAGAUUUUCGCAUUUUCCGCGAUAAGUCAUACCUGCUCCUCACGGUGGGUAUCUUCGCAAUGGAAUGGGCGUUGUUUAUCCCAAUCACAUACCUCUCGACUUUCGCGACAUCGACUGGCGCUCUCGACCCUGCAUUCGCGUACCAGCUGAUCGCCAUCUUCAACGCCGGAAGCUGUAUCGGGCGCUGGGUGCCAGGCUUCCUAGCCGACAAACUGGGUCGAUUCAACAGCAUGAUCGCCACCCUCGCUAUCUGCUCAGCUACGUCACUGACAUUCUGGCUGCCAGCCUCGCUCAUCACGCCUACCACAUCCGCCGAAGCAACGACCAUCAAAGCACUCUCAAUCGUGUAUGCCGUGAUUUUCGGCUUCGCUUCCGGAUCCAACAUCUCGCUGACGCCGGUUUGCGUUGGCCAGCUCUGCGACACGAGUCAGUAUGGGCGUUAUUACGCUACAUGCUACACGGUCGUGUCAUUUUCCACGCUGACGGGCAUCCCGAUUGCGGGCGCCUUGAUUCAGGCGACUGGUGGACAUUACUGGGGCGUGGUUGUUUGGACCAUAUUGUGCUAUGUCUUGGCGUCGGGAUGCUUUGUGUGGUCGCGCGCAUUGCAGGUUGGGUGGAAGCUGGGCGUCAAGUUUUGA